CAUCAAGUCAAAAUGGAUGAAAAUAUACAAAAAUUACAAAAUUAUAUUAUAUCUCCGGAUUUAUCAAUACAUAAUCCUUUGCCUGAAGUUGUACCUCGACGCUUUGAUGAAACGCGUCUUUUACAUUUACCGAAAGGUGCUGCCAGCACCAAAUUAGUGCCACGUCGCGACUUCGUAACCGGCGAGAUUAUAGAAUUCGUCGAAGUAGACUUGGAAGAUGUUGGUGCCAACGCAUGCAACUCCACUUCAAUGCGCCGGGAGCCUGGGCUUCUAGAGGAAGCAACACGCGGAUCAGCUAUGAAUUUUCCUUUUUGGCCGGGUGGAUUAGAUGAACCGCCAAGGGAAAUCAAAAAGCUAAGCAUUGAUCUGGACUUUGGCACAGAACUGUUGACCCUGCCGCCAGGAUUUCAAAAAGGCUACAAUUUCGACACCAACGUGGAAACACUUUCCCCUGGUUCAAUUUUGGUAAGCAAUGAUAAAGUAAAUCUGCUGGAAAAUUUAGAAAAGGAUCUCGAUGUUCAAGAGUGGCUUAAGUUGGCGGAACAACCAACGGAAGCUGAUUCGGUCACAGUUCUUGAUAACUCAACAGAAUUCAGAGAUGUAGAAGAGCAAAUUAUGAAUGCCGACCUUAAGCCAGUAUUGGAAAUCUCAAACACAGACACAAAGUCUGCUUUCAGUAGUGAAUGGGCUGAAAUGGUUGAUAUCUCGCAUCCUAUUGCUAGUUUCAAAGAGAAAAUUCCAUGCCCUGCCAUGACCUACCCAUUUGAGUUGGAUAUUUUCCAAAAACAGGCAAUUCUUAAAUUAGAAGAACGUCAAUAUGUCUUCGUAGCCGCGCAUACGUCUGCCGGUAAAACAGUAGUGGCAGAAUAUGCUAUAGCCCUUUCGCAACGCGAUUUAACGCGUACAAUAUACACUUCACCCAUUAAAGCGCUGUCUAAUCAAAAAUACCGAGACUUCAAAAAAACUUUCAAGGAUGUAGGUCUGAUAACUGGCGAUCUACAAAUUGAUCCCACUGCUUCCUGCCUUAUUAUGACUACGGAGAUUUUACGCUCCAUGCUUUACUGCGGUAGUGAAAUAACACGAGAUCUCGAAUAUGUUAUUUUUGACGAGGUACACUAUAUAAACAAUCCUGAACGUGGUCAUGUUUGGGAAGAGGUGAUAAUACUUCUUCCCGACCAUGUGAAUAUAAUUAUGUUGAGCGCUACAGUACCGAAUACAAUGGAGCUAGCUGAUUGGGUUGGCAGCACNAAAAAAAGAAAAGUAUAUGUUAUAAGUACCCUUAAACGUCCAGUUCCUCUUAUGCAUUAUCUUUACACCGGGAGUGGUGGCAAGAGCAAAGAUGAUAUAUUUUUAUUAGUUGGCGCAGAUGGUAAGUAUCUGCAGCAAAAUUACGAAAAGGCGGUAGAACGCAAGAGAGAAAUGCAAUCCAAGUCAAAAGGAGCGCAGGGUAGCGGCGGUCCGACAGCGAAAAACUUUGUAAGCGCUAAACAAGAUCAAAACAUGUGGAUCGGGCUAAUAGACUUUCUGAAGCGUAAUAACAAAAUGCCUGUUGUAGCGUUUACACUAUCACGCAAUCGUUGCGACAUCAAUUUGCAGGCUCUACAAUCAGUUGACUUAAACACAGCUCGCGAAAAAGGAUCUGCGCAAAAAUUUUUCCAACAAUGUUUGCAAAAACUUAAACCGCCGGAUCGCCAAUUACCACAAGUGCUAACAAUGAAAGAUUCCCUCGAGCGAGGGAUAGGUGUUCACCACAGUGGGAUACUACCAAUACUUAAGGAGAUCGUGGAAAUGCUUUUUCAAUCUGGUUUAGUAAAGUUACUCUUCGCUACGGAAACAUUUGCAAUGGGUGUUAACAUGCCAGCACGUACAGUUAUUUUCGAUUCACAUCGAAAAUAUGAUGGACUUGAAGUUCGAAAUCUGAAACCAGGGGAAUAUAUUCAAAUGGCUGGGCGCGCAGGUCGCCGUGGUCACGACGAUAACGGGACGGUAAUAUUGUUGUGUAAAGCACAGGUCCCGCCUUCGAUGGAACUACGCUCAAUGAUUUUAGGUCAGCCGGAAAAAUUACAAUCGCAAUUUAUUUUGCGAUAUGCCGUAAUUUUGACUUGCUUGCGCAUUGAGAGUAUCAAAGUUGAAGACAUAAUACAGUUCUCUUUUAAGGAGUUUAAUCAAAAACUGCAAAUACCAAUGCAAACGAAACAACUACAAGUGGCACAAGACAAAUUUUCACAACUGCCCGUUUUAGGUGAACACCUACAACCACUAUGUCGCUUUUACGAACUAGCGCAGGACUACCUUACGGAAAGACAGCGUCUUAUGAAAUAUUUAUUAUCACAACCUAAAAUAGCAAAAGAACUGAAAAUAGGUCGCGUACUUGUAGUGACACAAGACAGACACUACAAUAAGUUGGGUGUAAUACUCUCUAUAAAAUCUACAACAGGGAAGGAUACAAUCUAUAGAUUAUUACUAUUGGAACAUCAAUUCAAUACAAAUGAUCAAAAGGAUACCCUUCAACGCGGUGAAAUGUAUUACAAAAUAGUAUCGCUGACGCCGCAGCACAAGUUCUUCCAGCCCGAGGGCAUUGGGGGACAUACCGUAAUCGACGUAAAAGCCGCUGACAUAGUAGAAGUUACAAAGAGUACCAUCAAAAUCGAUGGCGAAGUGAUAAUACGUAAUUGGGAGCAACGUCAAAUCGAACGUUUCAAAGAUUCGCCGCCAAGUGCAACAGUGGUAAAGGCCGUAAGUGAAUUACAACAGCUCAACCAAAGCUAUAUAGACAAGCCGGAAACAUUGAAGUUCAUGAAUCUGUCCAAAGAGGUUAACAUAAGUGAGGAGAAUGAGUUGGCUCAAAUACGAUACACGGAACAUUUAUGGAAACAAUUACUCGCUGUAUUGCCUCAUACAAAUAUUGCUGGGUUUGAACAAGAAUUCGCGAUUGUUUAUGAACGCAAAGUGUUGGAGCGCCGUAUCGAAGAAUUGAAAUUUAAAAAUUCGACUAAAAAUCUCUCUCUUUAUCCAGAUUAUUGCAAUAAAUUGGAAGUUUUGCGUUCACUUAAGUAUAUCGAUGAUUUAGAUGAGGUUACCCUAAAAGGCAAAGUUGCUUGUGAAAUGGGACAAAAUGAGCUCUUAAUAACCGAACUAAUACUGUGCAAUAUGUUCAAUGACCUCGAACCGGCGGAAAUUGCAGCAUUGCUGUCGGGUUUAGUAUUUCAAGGAAAAAUCCAGGGAGAACCGGUGAUUCCGGAAAAGCUAAAAAAAUGCGUGAAAGAAUUCGAAGAAAUCAAUGACGCCAUUUUAGCUGAAGAACUGCGACAUCAAACAGUCAUAGAAUCAGAUAAUCGCCUCAAUUUUGGAUUACUAGAAGUUGUGUACGAAUGGGCUCGUAAUAAGCCUUUUGCAGAAAUAAUGAAAUUAACUGAAGUGCAAGAAGGUAUAAUAGUACGUUGCAUACAGCAAUUGGAUGAGACUCUUCGCGAUGUUAAAACUGCCGCCAUACGUAUUGGCAAUCCAGCGUUACAGACCAAAAUGGAGGAUGCAUCUACUGCCAUUAAACGAGAUAUAGUCUUCACAGCAAGUUUGUACACAGCAAUAUAAUUAUAUAUUGAUUUCGCAACGGUAUAAUGAAAACAAGUAAUUUUUAACAAAAAAAAACAAAACCGACUUCAAUUCUCAUAUAAAAAUUUAAGAUUGUC